AUGCUGAUGCUAACACAGCCAAAGUUACGAAAAACCCAAGGAGGGAAGCAAGAGAAAAAAGUUAUCCAUCCGUACAGCAGAAAAGCCGCACAGCUUGCAAGGGAAGCACACAAACAGGAAAAGAAGGAAAAGUUGAAGACUGACAAAGCUUUGCGUUUGAGUAUCAUUGGAGAAAAGUUACAAUGGUUUCAAAGUCACCUUGACCCCAAUAAAAUUGAGUACACAAAGAAGGAAGCUGGUGAACUAAUUGAAAAUUAUAUGUGUCGAUUCAAUGCUGAAUUGGAGCAGAUUGAAUUACAAAACAGUAUUAAAGGUAGACAAGGAAGACAGCAUGGUUCACGGGAAACUGUCAUCAAGCAGACCAUAGAACGUGAAAGACAGCUCUAUGAAGGCUAUGGAAUAGAAAUCCCUGACAUUAUGAACAGAAAGCAUCUUAAAUUUUUCAGAGAAUGGGAUGGUGAUCUGAGGAAACUGCCAAACAUUAAAAUGAAAAAGCUCUCAGCUAGGGAUGCUGCUAGCAGUCACCCUGAGGUGGCAGAUGUGGAAGCUAAAGAAGAAUUGAAUAAAGCAGAAGAGGUGGCCUAAUGAGCACCAGCUGAUUCAAGAGCUGAAACAGCUGAAGUGAAUUGUAAGAAACCUAUUUUAAUCAUCACUGGAAACAAGAAUAAAUUCUAACUAUAUUGGUAAAGGC